AUGGCGUCGAGAUAUUCGCGUGACAACGGCGUCGCUCGCGAGAAGAGCCCCCGUCACUCAUCGCAACACAACUCACGAGAUGCCGCGCUGCCAAGCCACCGGGGAGACAUCAUGAAUGGCACGCGUCGCGGCCACAAGAAGCACAGGAAAGGCCCCCGCAUCAGCCCCGAGGGCGAGAGUGGACGAAGAGGCUUCUACCCGUUCCAUUUCUUCAGGAUAACAUGGCGCUCUACGAGCUGGCUGUCCCGAGCCGUCAACAUCCUCUGGCCUGUGGUCCCGGCAGCAAUCGCUGUCUACUUCGCCCUGGAGGGCCAACACACCCUCAAGUUCAUCCUGCUCUAUAUCGGCAUGGUUCCGUGUGCCAACCUCAUCGGGUUCUCUGGGCAGGAGCUCUCCCGAAAGAUGCCCCACGUUCUUGGCUCUUUGCUAGAGACGACUGCCGGAUCGGUGGUUGAAUUCAUCGUGUUCCUACUGUUGUUAUUCAACAACCAAUUCGUCCUGCUUCAAGGCGCCAUAUUGGGAUCCAUCCUGGCGAACAUGCUGCUUUGUCUGGGCGCGUGCUUCAUCGCCUCGGGUAUUCGACGACCAGAUGCCACCUUUGACGAAGCCAUCAGCGAGGCAGGGAGCGGCCUGCUACUCACCGCAGGCAUCGGCUUGGCUAUCCCCGCCAUCUUGGAGCGCUCAACAACGGGCACGGGAGUCGAGCAGUCUGUGAUCGAUCACAACGUCCUCAACCUCUCGCGUGCUGUGGCAAUCUUGCUGCUCAUUGCCUACAUUGUGUUUGUGUGGUUCCAGACACACACUCACCAUGGUAUCUUCACCGCCAUGUUCGAGCACGACGAGGCACGCGACCACGAUCGUGAGAAGGAUCUGGACAAGGACAAGUUGACGCUGACCGAGUGCAUUAUCGCCUUGGUCAUCUCGAUCGGACUGGUGACCGUCAUCGCCUAUGGUCUUGUUCAGGAGAUUCCGAUUUUGAUCGAGGAGCACCACCUGACUGAUCCAUUCAUGGGUCUGAUCCUCGUGCCCCUGGUCGAGAAGGCGGCGGAGCACCUGACGGCCGUCGACGAGGCUUGGGAUAACCAGAUGAACUUUGCCCUGUCUCACUGUGUUGGUGCUACCCUGCAGACAUCCCUGUUGAUCACUCCCCUGGUCGUGCUUAUCGGCUGGCAAAAGGAGUUUGCCCUCGACUUCAAGAUCUUCGACAUGGUGAUGCUCAUCCUGGCCAUCAUCACGGUCGGCAACUUCCUCCGAGACAAGAAGUCCAACUACCUGGAGGGAGUCCUCUGCGUAAUUGUCUAUGUGGCUAUCGCCGUCGCUGCGUUCUUCUACCCCGAAGUUCACCAUGCCACGGGUACUGCCGAGACCGCAGAGCACUUGGUUGCCAAGCUUCUCUGA